AUGAAUCGUGAAUGUGCAACAAACAUGAUUGGACAUUUAGGGAAAACAAUUGGGAGCAGCGGAGUCACUGCAUGGUUUUCAGCCACACGAAUCAGAGGAGGAGCAAUACUUUUCACUCAGUCCCAGCAUUUCGUUCCACAUCAAUCGUCUCGAGUCCCAUGUGUAAAAGGCAAAUUGGUCAGUUUUGUUGUGGCGUCCAGCACUAGCAAGAGACAUACAGGGACACUGGGGGAUCAGCAUGCGAAAGGUCCACCUUUGGUCGAGCGCCACGAAGGUGGGAUGCGAGCCAAGUCCCAGAACAUGAAAAGGGAUAAGGACAUCUCAAGUGUACAUGGGGCUGGAGUAACGCAAUCGUAUCUAUGGCACGUUGGAGUUGCGGGCCACUGGGAUAUGGGAUGCGGUCACCUUGCCACAGAUGUGGCUUCGAAGGGUUACUACCCUUUCCAAACGGCUCCGGUAGUCAUCCAUGGUUCAGGAUACGAGUUCGGCGCUUUCGGGAAGGAGGAAAUAUCGGCUAUAUCUGGUAUUAAGGUAUCUUUAGCAGGUUCCCUUGAUACGAAGGGUUUAGCGCAUUCUGUACCCGCUAGGGUGUACGACAGAGCCACUGCAGACCACGAUACAUUACAGGGUUCCCCCGGCACCAUUCGUGGCGAUCAACUGCAGAAUGCGACGUCCUACGUCCAACCUCCUGGGCAAGCAGACUACGGCUUCGGGUACGAAGUCCCUGGGCGAGAAGACACUUGGUUAGCGACGACGGCGGAACGAAUGAAUGAAACUGAGUCUGGUUUAGGGUUUCCUACCUCGGGGUAUUGCUCGGGCGUGGGAGGAACGGGAAACAACGCAGCGUCUAAUCCAGCAUACGCCGGAAGGCCAGGCCCUAGGGAAAAUCCUUGGGGAUACGACAGCAAUGGAUACUUUGCUUCCCCAACCCAUUCCUCAGAUUUGGGACACACAACGACGCUGGGAUGGACGGACGAAUCACCGGGCGAAACGACGCCGCUGCAACAGCCAGCUCACUCUCUUGCAAGUGUUGCCAAAAAAAUACCACCACAUCCUUUCAAAUGUGACGCACCAGGGUGUGGUGGUAGAUUUUGGCGGCAUGAGCAUCUAAAAAGGCAUUUGAAAAACCACACCAAUGAGAAACCAUUCGUCUGCUGGGUUCCCGAUUGCAAUAAAAGCUUUUCGAGAAACGACAACCUUAGGGCGCAUUACGUCACGACCCAUGGGAGAAAAGGAGGUCGGAACCGUUAUGUAGCAACGCUGGAUGAGAAAAGUUCAGACUACGACCCAGAAUACCGGGGCGACCUGACACCAGAUGGCCGACCACUCAGAGAAUAA